GCAGCUGGGCAGGGCUAUUUAAGCCCAGGGCCUCCUGGCAAACAACUUCAGCAGCCUGCCCUCUGAGCCGACAGCAUGGAUGACAUCUACAAGGCUGCGGUAGAGCAGCUGACAGAAGAGCAGAAAAAUGAGUUCAAAGCAGCCUUUGACAUCUUUGUGCUGGGCGCUGAGGAUGGCUGCAUCAGCACCAAGGAACUGGGCAAGGUGAUGAGGAUGCUGGGCCAGAACCCCACACCUGAAGAGCUGCAGGAGAUGAUCGAUGAGGUGGACGAGGAUGGCAGUGGCACAGUGGACUUUGAUGAGUUCCUGGUUAUGAUGGUUCGGUGCAUGAAGGAUGACAGUAAAGGGAAAUCUGAGGAGGAGCUGUCUGACCUCUUUCGCAUGUUUGACAAAAAUGCUGAUGGCUACAUUGACCUGGAGGAGCUGAAGGUGAUGCUUGAGGCUACGGGUGAGACCAUCACAGAGGACGACAUUGAGGAGCUCAUGAAGGACGGUGACAAGAACAACGAUGGCCGCAUCGACUAUGAUGAAUUCCUGGAGUUCAUGAAGGGGGUGGAGUAGAUGCCGACCUUUGACCUUCCCCCAGAGCUGCAUGUGUUACCUUCCAACUCCAGCUGGGCCCUGGGGUAGGGCAGGGGGCCUGGGACUCCAGGAUGGGAUCCUGGGCAUGUCCUUGACCAAGGGUCCUCUCUGACUCCCUCUUCAGCCCUGUCCUAGGGAAUGCAAAUAAAGCUCUGCUCCCUGGAG